AAUCGACACGCUUGGACACUUCAUCAGCGAAAUUUUAAUUCCAAAAUCAAGAGGGCGACCAAAAAUAAAACAUUAAAAAAAAUAAAUAAAAAUAGAAGAGAAAGAGACAACUUCAAGGAAAGGAGACAUUUUCACCGCCCGCUGAACGUCUUGUCAACACGGGUCGCCUCGCCCGUCUCAUCUUGGUCUGUCUACCUGAGGCGUAGCCCCAAUAGACCAAGGGCGUUCCAAGUCCGUGUGUGGCCUCUCACGUACCUAAACCUCGUCAAUCUCCAUGGCGACAAUCUCUAAUUAUACAAGCGUUUUCCGCGCCUUUGACAACUGCUCUGAAAGUCGUAGAGGUUCAAAGAGGAACCGUCAGCCGGUCUCCUGUCAUCCUUGUCGCGUCCGAAAACUUAAGUGUGACAGACAACACCCCUGCGGUGCAUGUACUUCCCGCGAGGAGGCGAGCCGCUGUGAUUUUAUCGCGAAAAGUAAGCCAGACCGACUCCGAGGUGAAAAGCCAAUGGCCGAAAUUCAGGGUCGACUCCAGAACCUCGAGAAACUGCUUGAGUCCGUGAUGCAUGCCGACCCUCCAAAAUCCGAGAAUGUUCGUGCCUCGACUCGGCUUGAGACAGCAGAACUACACAGCGGUACCGAGACCCCAGGCCACGAGAAUACCAAGCUGAUGUCGACUGAGACCACCCCUCAAAGCGCGGUGGUUUCGGACGGAAGCCGUGCUAUGAGCAUGGCAAGCUCAGAGUCAAGCUGUUAUAUUGGAGCCACAAGCUGGAGGGCGAUUCUGGACACUGUCCGCAAUAUCCAGGACUCCCUCCUUCCUGAUGAUGACAUUUCCCAAACCUCGGUAUCGGAAACAACGGCCUCAGUCGACAUUAUAUCAGGCCGUUUGGAACACAGGAGCCUAGAGGAACUUAUAAGUGGCCUUCCGCCGCGACCGGUAGUAGACAGGCUGCUAUUUAUCUUCUUCAACACCGGAUAUAUGAACGUACCGUUCUUACAUGCCCUUAAAGUGCAGUCGGAAAUGUGUCAGUUCUGGGAAAAGCCAACUUCUGUAUCUUUUUUGUGGCUCAGUAUCUUAUUUUCCAUGCUCUGUAUAGCUGCAGACGUGGCGAUUUCCAAGGGGCAGGCAUCCAAUUUUCCCUACUGCAACCCUGAACGGUAUAUGAUUAAGUCUGGAGAAUGCCUGGUGUCCGGAGAGUACCUCAAAGUACAGCCCCUUGCAGUGGAGGCUUUAACCAUGUAUGCGCUCAGUAAAUAUAUGCGGAAUGAGGAUUCUGACCCGGCGCUGUGGUCUCUCUUUGGGCUGGCCACUCGGCUCGCUCACCGAAUGGGUUAUCACCGAGAUCCUCGCAGUCUCGCCAUAUCCCCAUUCGAGGCAGAGAUGCGACGACGGGUAUGGUUCUAUAUUGAAUCAUUUGACGUUCUAUUUUCCUUCCAGCUCGGGAUGCCACCCAUAAUACAUGGGGAUGAAUGCGAUACCGAUUUACCCGGAAACUAUUCCGAAGCCGAUUUUCCUGAGGACAGUCCUACCCUGAUGUUGUUCUACACCCACAAGGCCCGUCUCAUUCGACUGUUUCGUCGCGUCCUCCGGGUCGCUCUCUCAACACGAUCCCCCGACUACGAGGAAAUCCAGCGAGUUGACGAAGAUCUCCAGGCCCUAUAUCACGAAGUGCCUCCCUAUCUCAAGGCACGACCAAUUCAUUCCUCCGGCUUCAUGGACCAAGGCCAUAUCAUUAUAUACCGCCUCAUUCUUGAGCAGCUUCACUUGCAGAGUUUAUGUAUCUUGCACCGUAUUUACUUCACCCAUGAGCUGGACGAUUCUAAGUACGACAGAUCAAGGGAUAUAUGCCGAAAUUCAGCGCUUCAGCUCCUGGAUAUGCAAGCGGAAGUUUACCGCCAGAGCCAGCCAACCGGCCGGCUGCACGAUGACCGAUGGAUGGUCAAAAGUAUUUCGCAUCAUGCGUACCUAGUGGCAGGGAUGGUCUUAUGCCUAGACAUUUCUGUCUCUACAUCACGAAGCCUCGGAGAUCGUAUACGAGAAAUAAACGCCUUAAAAAUAUCCUAUCAUAUCUGGUCAGAACGCAGAACAGUCUCACAAGAGGCAGCCCACGCCGCACGAGUUUUGGCUACCAUACUUGCGAGAGUAAAGAAAAUGUUAGCAUCGUCCUCCUCAUCUAAGCAUAACACGCAGAGCAAAAACACAGACCUAUAUUCCACCAAACCCACGACUACAAUUAUGACCCCUCCAGAUACAAUUCUUUCAGCUAACGCCGUUACUACUUUGGACGAACGCUUAUCGGCUCCGAUCAGCACUCCUUUCAUAUAUCACCAACCGAGCGACACUCAACCUAGUCAACAAGUACUCCAACCAAUGACUUUUCCCUCAACCACAUUCUCUACUUUUGAUCGAAAUCUUCCUCCGGUCCUAGACUCAACCGCACAGUACCCUGCUAAUUCAGAGUCGACAGCCCCGUCAACGGAGAGGAACUGUUCGAGCGAAGGCGGAUCGAGUUUUAACUUGGACAUUGAUGAUACAAUGAUGUUCGAUGAUGAGACGCUAGAACCGUUGGCGAACGUUCUAGGCAUGGACAGCUACUCCUGCCAUGGCAGUGGCAGCCUUGACUGGAGUUCGAUUGAUCGUUACUUGCUUGACCAAGCUCAAUACCACGGUGCAAUCGAAUUGGUGCAGUGAUGUCCUAGAAUUUCACCAACUGACUAAUACUGUGGUCUAAACUCCCCUUUACUCUUAAGAUGUUGUCUUCGACUUAUUUACCACAUUUCCUACUCUUAUGGAGCUGUAUAAUAAUAUAGAUACUCACAACAACCUAGAGGCAAAUCCUCUACUUUCCUAUCAAGUCAACCCCUACAACUAGAAGUAAAACACCGAGCCAUUAGUCUGGGC